AUCGCAUUCUUGUGCACGGGCUCCAGUCGUGAAAAUGGCUUGAACUCACCAGAAGCGGCAGUGUGAGUGCGUGUGCCUUGUUCAGUGCUGUGUGUGCUACUCUUCUCAGACAGAUAUAUUCUUCCGUUAUUUUGCGAUUCUGAAUCAACUGCGUAUGUUACACAGAGGCAAAUGAUUUUGAAUGGUAAGGGUGAACAUAUUGAACAUUGUAGUGUACGAGUAGUUUUCUGAUAGUGCCGAGCGAGUGACUGCUUGAGUGGCGUCUGGAAGCAGCCUCGAGUAGACUCACUAGUGGACUGUGAGGAGGCCGGAAGAUGCGGUGCUUCACUUCUCUUUGCAUUGCGAUCUGUGCAGCCGUGUGCUCUGCUAUCCCACGAGAACUGCUGUAUCCACAUGGAGCUGGGAUAGAUCUGGUUCUUCCUCAGGACCAAGAUGAAGCUGCUAGUCCUGAAAUCGCUCUUCAAGUACCCAUCGUGUUUUACGGCGAGUCCUACAACUCCAUUUAUGUGAACUCCAAUGGUUUGCUGUCAUUCCUGACAGAGAUUCCAGUCUUCUUCAACAUACAGUUUCCCUUAGACUACCCAGUCAUCGCACCUCUGUACACAAAUGUAGACACCAGGGCCAGUGGUGCUGUUUACUACAGAGAAACACAGGAUGCGUCACUGUUACAGAGGGCAACAGAAUCAGUUCAUGAAGCCUUCAGUUAUGGAGCUGAUUUUGAAGCCUCAAGUUUAUUCAUAGCCACUUGGAAGGAUGUUGGGUACCAUAAUCGGAGAGCUGAUAAGGUAAACACUUUCCAAGUUGUAAUAGCAAGUGAUGGAUCAGACUCGUAUGUUGAAUUCCUGUAUGCUGAUGGAGGGAUCCAGUGGAUUCAAGGAAUUGGGCAGUCAUCUGGUCUGCCUGAUGCUAGAGCACAGGCUGGACUGGUCUCAGGCGAUGGCCGGCUCUACACCCUCCGUGGUUCAGGAACUGACCAGAUACAAAACCUAGACAAAUGGUCCAAUGUUGGUGUUAAUGGAGUUUGGGUGUUCCACAUUGGACAGACAGGCAGUAGUGGAAAUGUCAUGCCCCCAGAUUUGGAGGUCGGAAGUGAGGCCACCAUAACAGAUACAUGUUCUGCUGGGGCUACAACCUGUCACAGUAAAGCCAGCUGUGUUGACUACCAAACUGGGGGUUUUUGCUGCAUCUGUUUGCGUGGCUACUAUGGCAAUGGUCUCAACUGCUUGAAAGAAGGGAUUCCACUAAGAGUGAAUGGAAAGAUUACAGGCACAUUGAAUGGCCAGGAAUUGUCUCAACAAGACCUGCAGUCUUAUGUUAUGACUGCUGAUGGGCGAACAUACACAGCACUGUCACAUGUAUCCCAAGAUAUUGGCUAUGACAUGCAGGCCCUCAAUAUAUUGGGUGGUGUUAUUGGAUGGUUGUUUGCACGACCUAUCAACAAAGCAGUCAAUGGCUAUGAACUCACAGGAGGAAUUUUCAACCACACAGCUGACAUAACAUUCCCUCAAACAGGACAUAAAGUGACUAUUCGUCAGCUUUACUUUGGGCUUGAUGUAUUUGACCAACUGCGUAUGGACGCAGAGAUUCGUGGUACUCUCCCCACCAUUCCUAUUGGCAAGAAAAUUCAAAUUGGAGACUAUGUAGAACAGUACACUCGAACUGCACCCGGUCUCAUUCUUUCACAGUCAUCACUAAAUUUCCAACUGGAAGGGAGCCCCAUAGACAACCCAUUCAAUGUAGAACAAGUUAUUCGCUACAGUGAAUGCUUAUACUCCCCAAAGAAUGUUUCAACAUAUCGUCUUAAGGUUGCCAAGAAUUUCAUCAUCUAUGAAGCUCGUGAGAAGAUCAUACGUUAUGCCACGACAAACAAGGUCACUCCUCUUGGAGAUGAAGAUCCAUGCAGAAGUGGACAGUCGAAGUGUGGUGAGCACAGUUCGUGCCUCGUAGAGGGAGACACUUUCAGAUGUGUUUGUAACCCUGGUUACCAAUAUUUGUAUGGAGAUAAUGAGGAUGAAGAGUUGGCUGUGUGUGUGGACAUCAAUGAAUGCAGCACAGGGACUCAUGCCUGUGAUCUCAAUGCCAUCUGUGUCAAUGAGCCAGGGACCUUUGCUUGCCAGUGCAAAGCAGGAUACACUGGAGAUGGAAGUCACUGUGAAAAGCUACCGAGGUGUGAAGAUUUGGGCUGUCACCCUAAUGCUGAAUGUAUUGAGAGAUAUCCAGGGAGCCUUCAGUGCCAGUGCCUGGCAGGAUAUUCAGGAAAUGGAUAUCACUGUACCCCAUCCAUUGCUCGAGAAACAUGUGACACAGCUAAUGAUUGCUCUCCGUAUGGGGUGUGCACCUUCAGUGAUGCAGUGAAUCAUCACAUUUGCGUUUGUCUGCCCGGCUACACUGGCGAUGGCUAUAACUGCUCCGAUACGUCACUGUACAAUGAAACACGUGAUGGAAUUUCACCAGCUCCUGUCUGUUUAUUUAGAGUCUGUUGGUGUCCAUCUGGGUACGAGCUUCAGGACAAUACCUGUGUGGGAAAGGAAGAAGAGCCAGCUGAAGAAGCCACAGAUAGAGACAUACAAUUGUCAUGCAACAUUGUAAACACCUGCCAUCCUCACGCACAGUGCGUGUACAUCCCACCAAGAGGGCAGUAUCAGUGCCAGUGUAAUGCGGGAUACGAAGGUGAUGGUUAUGAAUGUGCAGAAAUUGAUGUCUCCUGCUUACAAGUUGACAUUUGUGAUAUUCAUGCUACUUGCACAUAUAACGAAGCAAGAGGCAAAGCAAUAUGCAUAUGCAACCCAGGAUACCAGGGUGAUGGAAUUCUCUGCACUGCAACAGAUGAAUGUUCCUCACCUGAGGAUUGUGGCAGCAACGCACGGUGUGUCUGGAGCAACGUACAUGAGCAUUAUGAAUGUGUUUGUAAUCCUGGUUACAGCAGAGAAGGUCCUGUUUGUGUGACUCUGAAAGGUUCAGACUGCAGCAUUGUUAAUGACUGUGAUUCGAAGGCCGAGUGCCUGCUUGAUCGUGCAAUGGAAGAGUAUCAUUGUAGGUGCAAUGCUGGUUUCUCGGGAGAUGGGAAGACAUGUAUUGCAGAUCCAAUUGGCUGUAAUGUUAUCAACAACUGCCACAUUGCUGCAGACUGCGUCUAUGAUCAAGGUGCAGCAGGAUAUCGUUGCAGGUGUAGAAAGGGCUAUAAUGGAAAUGGACUGCAAUGCACACCAGAGUUUUCCUGUCAGCAAGAUCCAAAUUUAUGCGGGGCUGAUGCUAGUUGUGUUCCCACAACUUCAGGCCAGUAUGAAUGCCAGUGUAAUGAAGGUUUCACAGGAAAUGGAAUUGUGUGUAAAGCAAUACCAAAAUAUGAAGGAAAUUUCCUACUACUGAAUCAAGGCAUGGCAACAUUGCGGAUACCGUACAACCCCACAUCAAGCAAUCCAGGCCAACCAAUUGCAAUUCAGUAUUUUCAGAUGGCAAUAGGAAUUGAUGUAGACUGUCUGGAGGGGCGAGUCUACUGGAGUGACAUUGCUGGUCAGAGUAUAAAGAGCUCAGAAUAUGAUGGAACUGAUAUACAGAACUUUCUCACUACAGAUAUUGGUUCACCAGAAGGAAUCAGCAUAGACUGGGUGUCAAGAAAUGUGUACUGGACAGACUCAACAAAGGAUACCCUUGAAGUGGCAAACCUGGAUAGCAAGCUGAGGAAGGUGAUCAUUUCUGAAGGACUGGUAAAUCCUCGUGGAGUGGCAGUCCACCCAGCAAGAGGGAAAGUGUUCUGGUCAGACUGGAAUCGUGAAUCACCAAAGUUGGAGUGGGCAAACUCUGAUGGCACUGGUCGAUCUGUCUUUCUGAAGGGAGCUGCAGUGAAGCUUCCCAACUCUUUGAGCAUUGACUUUGACCGGGAUGAAUUGUGCUGGGCUGAUGCUGGGACGAAAUCUAUUGAGUGUGUGGGAAUUGGCACAUCAGUUAGGAGAACAGUUGUCUCAAACUGUAGUUACCCAUUUGGACUUGCGAUCUCCACUCUCAAUUACUACUGGACAGAUUGGGACACGCAGAAGAUAGAAAGUGCACAGAAACCUUCGGGUCAUACAAAUAAGCCCAUCACUGUUCCUCUUGGGGGCAGUGGCAAGAUGUACGGAAUUGUGUCAGUUCCUGAGUUCUGCCCUAGAUUAUCAAAUGCCUGUCAAUUUCAAAGUGAGGCUUGUGGAGAAGGUCAUCUCUGUUUGCCAAAUGGCAUUGGAGGCAGAAGUUGUAUUUGUGCUGAUUCAGGCAGUGAAGGUUCAGGCGAAGUAGACAGCUGUAACGAUGUAGUAUAAUUCAUGGAUUGACCACAGAUGAACACACAAAUCGAAUCGUGUGUGUGUAUCCUGAAGUAAUAGCCUCUUUUAAUGGGCAAGAAAAAUAAACUGAAAACGCAGAUUAGCUCUAUAAGAUUUGAGGCUUUCACGGCGGUGACUAUGAAGAAAGCAGUC